ACGACGCAUCGUAUUUAGUAGGCUGCUAGCCAUAGACCAGGAUUGGUGUUGUGACUUUUAGUGUUAGAUAGGAAAUGUGAUCCGCUUCAUAAAGAGAUGGCAACGAUAGCUUUCUGCCUUUAAUUCGUAAAAGAGCAGAAGCUUUUGCCUCAAGACAGGAGCACGUUUUAUGUCAGUCGUGAAAAUCUGGGCAUGGUAUGUUACACGAGAAGAUUAUCGAUAUAAGAAAAUGUCGCUGCUGCUGCUGACAACAAUACGUUCAACCAAAAGAAAUUCACUGACAAAUAGGUGAAAAUGGAAGAUGAAGCGGAUAUUCAAGAACAGCUAUUUCAUAAUACAGUACGGGAGAAUAUUAUAUUCUUCCUUCUGUUCUUAGUCCUCUACGUCUCAAGCUACGCGUUAAUCGCGAAAUUUCGGCGAAGAGACCGCGAAGAUUAUUUUUCCGUGGAUGAAGAUGAAGCGACUGUCUACAAGAUCAGUCUCUGGUUGUGUACUGUUGCCCUAGCGGUUUCCGUUGGAGCAACCUUGCUGCUUCCGGUUUCAAUUGCAAGUAACGAAGUGCUGAUUUUAUACCCGAACAGCUAUUAUGUCAAGUGGCUCAAUAGUUCACUUAUUCAAGGUCUAUGGAAUCUUGUGUUUCUCUUUUCAAAUUUAUCUCUCUUCGUAUUUUUACCGUUCGCAUACUUGUUCACGGAGUCAGAAGGAUUUGUUGGCUACAAAAAGGGCGUAAUGGCUAGAGUUUAUGAAACUGUGACAGUUCUUUGCCUAUUAGGAACACUUGUGUUAGGAAUGACAUAUGUUCUAUCAGCACUCAUAGAUCAUCAAAAAUCAAGUCUUCAUACGUUGCUCAAUUUAUCGAGUUACUACUUACCUUUUCUUUAUUCUUGCGUUUCUUUUGUUGGAGUUGUUAUGUUAUUGCUAUGUACACCAAUGGGAUUUGUACGAUUAUUCGGAGUAGUUGGUUCGUUUCUUGUAAAACCGCAGUUCCUAAAGAAUUUAGAUGAAGAAUUCUUCGCGUACAGGCUAGAGGAAGAUUGUAUUCGUAGAAGACUGCAACACGCGAAAGCAACCGGAAAAUCAUACGUUUCGCCAGUGCCUAUGUCAAUACCAACUUGUGGUUUAGUGCUCGAAGAUGACGAGUUUCUUAAUGUAAAUCCGAGCUUGAUGUGCUUAAGGAACGGUGCUCUCCAGCGAGGAUUGGCUCAGCGUUUGGAAGAUAUUCAGAAACGUAGAAGUAUUCUGGAUCAGCAAAGGCGAACCUGGUGGGUUCGAAGGACUUUGUUAUACCCUUUGGCAAUGCUGGCGUUACUUAUACUUUCCACUGCUACAGCUUUGCUAGCAGUUCAAAAUACCUUAGAACUGCUUAUUGGUAUUAAAGCACUGCCUUUGAGUACAAGGCAAUUCACUCUGGGGAUCAGCUCGUUGUCAAAAUUAGGUCCCAUUGGAGCAACAAUUGAAGUAGCAGUAAUUUUGUAUCUAGCAGCUACGAGCGCAAUAGGUUUAUAUACACUUCCUGGUGUAAAGAGCUUUCGACCACGACUUCAUUCCAUGCCACUUACUCACCUUAUCGCGAAUUGCGGUCUUCUUCUUGUACUGAGUUCAGCGUUGCCGCUGUUAUCUCGAAUAUUAGGUAUGACAAACUUUGAUCUACUCGGCGAUUUCGGUCGUAUCGAAUGGCUUGGUAACUUUGAACUAGUACUGUUCUAUAAUUUAAUCUUCGCUACGGCGGCGAUAGGUUGUCUAGUGACAAAGUUUACGGCGACCGUUCGCAAAGAGAUUUAUGUCAGAUUAAGAAGUAGCUUGAUAGGGAUCUUUAAGAGUGAAGGUAAGAAAAGUUCUUUAGGGAUGUUUUCUACAAAAGAAGAUUAGACUAACUUACAUUGUAAGCAGAGCAAAAGUAAAUAUUCUACAUUUAAAAGAAAAGCAAGCGAAAUGGAACUUAACGAUGAAUAAUUAUAUUCAUAUAAUAUUAAUCAUAUAAAUGUGUAAAGUGAUUGGACCGUGUGUAUGUGUGCAUAAGUAUAUUUAGAAUUGCGUAAUCGUGGAACACUGUCUUAAUUUUGAUAGCACGUGAUGCUCUGUAGGAUAUGUUUAGAAAAUUUAAUUGGAUGAUAUUAGAGCAGCGGGCCAGUUACACACGUCGAGUAUGUUCGUCACAUGUAUGUGUAUGUGUAUGUGUACGUAUAGUUACUUUAAUUAUUUAUAUGAUCACUAUUUUAAUAAUUAUUUACCGAAAGUACAUAUACAUACCAAUCUUAUAGAUAAGUGAGUUUACCUAGAAUGUAAACUCAAUGUAAAGACAACGCAGUAUUGUGAUAAAGACACUCAUGUGCGGGUGUCCAGCGAAUAAAAAAAUUCUCAAUAUAGAAUUUUUUACUAUUUUACUAUUUCUGCGAAUGAAAGAAAAACGUUAAGAUUCGUUUUCCUAAAUAAUGGUUAUUGUUUGAAUGUGUAUCUACUUCAAGACACGAAUGCGUUAGUUAAGCAUAAAUGAACAUUUAGAAUACAUUUUUAGAAAUUUAAAUGAUAAGUUUUCAUUCUUCAAAUAGAAAAAUGCCGUAUAUACAGGCCAUUAAACGUGCCUAAUCGAUCGAUAUAACCGGAUAAUACGUAUAAGAAAUACAAUCACGCGUACAUUGUACCGUGUUAUGGUAGUCCUGAUUUCAUAAUCGCGUUUGAAUGCAUUUUAUCGAUUUAUAUUUGUCAAGUGACUUUUAUAGUCACGAGUUUGUUAAAAAUUUACGAAUGUAAAUACAUUUGUAACGAAUGUAAUAAUAUGCAUUUUAAGAUACACACGAACUGCAUGGAUAAUUAUAUGCAGAAUAUCUUAAAAUGUUAUCUUGACUGAUUUGUCUAUUAGUUCAUUACUGAAAUCUAGUGCUUUAAAAAGGAAGUAAAUUAUUUAUUUAAUUUAAAAUGAAAAUGAACCCAUUCUUAUCUCCUGA